AUGUUCAACAUUCUUAUUCGGGGAAUGCACAUCAGCCACGGGCCGCGGCUGCACUAUGCAGCACUCGGACAGUACCGCAUGGGUGCAGAGUUCUGUUUCUCACCCUUUAACUCAGGUAUAAUGUCUUUGCUGAGACCUCUUCUUCUGGACGUGGUGCCAACCAUUCAACAGACUGCUGCCUUGGCUCUGGGGAGGCUGGCCAACUAUAACGAUGACUUAGCAGAAGCAGUUGUGAAGGGUGACAUUCUUCCACAGCUUGUCUACUCACUGGCAGAGCAGAAUUGCGUCUACAAGAAAGCUGCUGCGUUUGUGCUGCGAGCGGUUGGCAAACACUCUCCUCAGCUGGCGCAGGCUACAGUUGACUGUGGGGCCCUGGACUCGCUGGUGAUAUGCUUGGAAGAUUUUGACCCAGGAGUCAAGGAAGCUGCAGCCUGGGCACUUGCAUAUAUUGCAAGACAUAAUGCAGAACUGUCACAAGCUGUGGUGGACUCGGGAGCUGUUCCUCUUUUAGUCCUCUGUAUCCAGGAGCCAGAAAUUGCUUUGAAAAGGAUUGCUGCCUCGGCCCUCAGCGAUAUCUCAAAGCACUCCCCAGAGUUAGCGCAGACGGUGGUGGAUGUGGGAGCCAUUGCUCAUUUAGCCCAGAUGAUCCUCAACCCUGAUGAAAAACUGAAGCAACAGGUCCUGUCGGCUCUGAGUCACAUCGCGAAGCACUCUGUGGACCUGGCGGAGAUGGUUGUGGAGGCAGAGAUCUUCCCUGUCGUUCUUACCUGUCUGAAGGACAAAGACGACUUCGUGAAGAAGAACGCUUGCACUCUGAUCAGAGAGAUCGCAAAGCACACACCGGAGCUCUCCCAGCUGAUCGUUAACGCAGGAGGCGUGGCUGCCGUGAUUGACUGCAUCGGGUCCUGCAAAGGGAACAUCCGUCUGCCUGGCAUCAUGAUGCUGGGUUAUGUGGCUGCUCAUUCUGAGAACCUGGCCAUGGCGGUGAUCAUCUCCAAGGGUGUACCCCAGUUGUCAGACUGCCUGUCAGAAGAACCAGAAGACCAUAUUAAAGCCGCGGCUGCCUGGGCUCUGGGGCAGGUCGGGAGACACACUCCGGAACACGCACGCGCGGUCGCUAUCACGAACACGCUGCCAGUGCUGCUGGCUUUGUACAUGUCCUCAGAGAGCUCUGAGGACCUGCAGGUGAAGAGUAAAAAGGCCAUAAAGAAUAUCAUCCAAAAAUGCACCUACCUCCCAGCUCUUGAGCCGUUUCUCUAUGAUGCGCCUCCCAAUAUCCUGAAGUAUGUGGCUGGACAGUUCAGUAAGGUGCUCCCACAUGACAGCAAAGCUCGAAGGCUCUUCGUAACAAGUGGAGGACUUAAAAAGAUCCAGGAGAUAAAAGCGGAACCGGGUUCUAUCCUCCAAGAGUACAUCAACAACAUCAACAGUUGCUACCCAGAGGAGAUAGUGAGGUAUUAUUCUCCUGGAUACUCAGACAUCCUUCUGCAGAGGGUGGACAGCUAUCAGCCCCUCGCUAACUGAAUGAAGUGAUCACAAUACCCGGGUUCACAGGAGAGUGAGAAUAACAGUUGUUAAAGAUUGUUCCAAAAUGUUUAAACUAAGUAUAUCCAAUGUGAAAAUAUUUACAUUUUUAAUUUUCUUAUUUGUGUAAUACUUUAUAAAUUAUUAGCUACAAUGUAUAAAAAAGACUUUACAGUCAUUUGCAUGAAUAAAGGAAAAUUUAAAAGGCAA